AUGACCUCAUCUGUGAACAGCCUUCACAAAUAUGCCGCAAGGCGCAAUAAAGUGUUCUACUACUCGCCGGGAUUCGAUCCAACUAUCCCCACCGGAGAGCCGCUCCCAGAGCCAAUCCCCUCUCCCGAGAAACUCGCUCAGUCCGAGCUUCGCGACGUGUCUGCGUCGAUAGAGGAUCAGAUCAACGAGCCUAUGGGAUUUGUCGAAGAAGUUGCUCGCGAGUACGCCCGACUACGUAGCGAGCGUGGUCCCAAAACCGACGCCUCCGCUCCCGUCCUCAGCGAAAGGGCACUUCGUCGCAAGAGGAAGGAAGAAGAAGCCAAGGAGGUGGAACGACGACGAGCCAUAUCUUUGGUACAAUACCAGAAGCUUCUCGACCAAAGGGACUACGUGAACGCAGUCUACAAGGAGAUGGAAGAGAGGGGAUUUUUCGGCCCGGCGCCGGACGGCCGGUGUGAAGAUCAGGUAUACGAGGAGUGGGAUGAGGACUACAGCGAGCUACCCAGUUGCGGGGACGGCAACGACCACGCUUACCACGAGAGAGACGAGUUUGUGCAGGGGUCGUCGAAGGGGUCCACUAGAUAG